ACCGGGGCGUUUCUCUCCCGGAGUUUAGGGCAGCGGGGCGAAGUCCGAACUGGGCAGAAGUUGGUGGUUUGUCUUAAAGAACAGAGGAUAUUUUAGGGAAUUUUCUAGUGUUUUAUAAUGAAUGAUCGAGAGCUCGAUCUUACGGACGCGCAGAAGGCGACAAAGGCGAAAUAUCCAGCUAUCGAAAAGAAGUACGAGUAUCUGGACCACACGGCCGACGUCCAGCUCCAUGCCUGGGGAAACUCCCUGGAGGAGGCGUUUGAGCAGUGUGCCAUGGCCAUGUUCGGCUACAUGACGGACACGGAGACGGUGGAGCCCAUCGGCAGCAUGGAGGUGGAGUCUGAGGGUCACGACCUAGAAUCCCUGCUGUUCCACUUCCUUGACGACUGGCUAUUCAAGUUCAGUGCCGACUCCUUCUUCAUCCCGCGGGAAGUAAAAGUGCUGCAUAUCGACCGCAUGCGGUUCCGUAUCCGCUCCAUUGGGUGGGGAGAAGAAUUCAACCUGUCGAAACACCCCCAGGGCACCGAGGUGAAGGCCAUCACUUACUCUGCCAUGCAGAUCCGCGAUGACGACAAGCCAGAGAUCUUCGUCAUCAUCGACAUAUAGCCACACGUUGGUGCGAUGGGGAAGGGGGUGGCCGAGCGGAGGGGUUACAGCCCCCCAUGGACACCUGGCCUUCUGGCAGCAAUGUAAAUAGGGGUAAAAAGAUUGCUAUGAAAAGGACUGACUGCACUGAUUUAUGCUGUCUAAUAAGGCACCGGGUGCAUCCUGUCUGCAUGCCACCAAUGAAGGAUAGGACAUGCCAUGUGACGCCCGUAGGUGACAAACUGGUUAAGGAACUGUGGAGUUCUUUGAAAACAUUCACUUUAUACUUCAGUUAUUUGAACAGGUGUUAAACUGUGAUGUUUGCAAGUGGUAAAAAUGCUUCCACAGAAGAAUUGUAGAGAAGAAUUUAUAUUAAAUAUGUAUUAUAAUAUUGCAUAUUAUAAUAUAUAUUAAUAUACACUAAUAUUAAAUAUGAAGUAAAUAUUAAGAAAUAGAAGAAAUAUUAAAUAUUAAAAAAAACAUUAAAACCAAGCAUUAUAGCUCCUCUGGUUUUGAAAUGUUGUACCCAGUUUAUUGUCCCAAUCCAGGAACAUCGCAGUGUGGGUUCGAUACCAGGUUGCGUCCUUCUGCUGCACCGUGUUGCUCCGGGGAUCGGUGCUCCUCGUCUCCACUUUCCUGCCCUUCGUAGUCUGAUUUGUGCUUUUUAUUCCAUUGCCAGCGUGGGAAUGUAGUGGAUAAUAAAUAUUUCUGGAACUUU